UGUGGAUAUAUAAGGGUGAGUGUGAAAAAUAAAGUGAAUAUCUUGCCACAAGAUCCCUUUGCACAGAGGUUGUAACAUCUACCAGAAUCAAAGAUGGGUGACGCUGAGAUGGCAGAGUUUGGGGUGGCUGCCACUUACUUGCGAAAGUCAGAUAAGGAGCGCUUGGAGGCCCAAACUCGCGUAUUUGACUUGAAAAAGAAUAUCUAUGUCCCAGAUGACAAGGAAGAGUUUGUGAAGGCAUUAGUGGUCAGCCGUGAGGGGGAAAAGAUCACAGCGGAAACUGAGCAUGGCAAGUCAGUUGUUGUAAAGGACACUCAAGUGAUGCAGCAGAACCCGCCCAAGUUCGAUAAAAUUGAGGACAUGGCGAUGUUGACCUUUCUGCACGAACCAGCUGUGUUGUAUAACCUCAAAGAGCGUUAUGCUGCAUGGAUGAUCUAUACAUACUCAGGAUUGUUUUGCGUCACUGUAAAUCCCUACAAGUGGCUUCCUGUGUAUAAUACAGAGGUUGUGGCCGCAUAUCGUGGGAAGAAGAGGAGUGAAGCUCCACCACACAUCUUCUCUAUCUCUGAUAAUGCAUAUCAGUACAUGCUCACAGAUCGAGAGAAUCAGUCUAUCCUGAUCACUGGAGAAUCUGGUGCCGGAAAGACUGUGAACACUAAACGUGUCAUCCAGUACUUUGCAUACAUUGCAUCUGUUGGUGAGCGGAAAAAAGAUACUAGCUCAGCUGGCAAAGGAACUCUGGAAGAUCAAAUCAUCCAGGCAAACCCUGCUCUAGAAGCCUUUGGCAAUGCCAAGACUGUACGAAAUGACAACUCCUCAAGAUUUGGUAAAUUCAUCCGGAUCCACUUUGGUGCCACUGGGAAGCUGGCAUCUGCUGACAUUGAAACCUAUCUUUUGGAGAAAUCUCGAGUUAUCUUCCAACUGAAGUCUGAGAGAGACUAUCACAUCUUCUAUCAGAUUCUUUCCAAUAAAAAGCCAGAGCUUCUGGAAAUGCUGCUGAUUACGAACAACCCUUAUGACUAUUCAUAUGUCUCUCAGGGAGAAACAACUGUGGCUUCUAUUGAUGAUGCAGACGAACUUAUGGCCACAGAUAGUGCCUUUGAUGUUCUAGGGUUUACUCAAGAAGAGAAAAACUCUAUUUACAAACUGACUGGAGCUAUAAUGCACUGUGGGAAUAUGAGAUUCAAGCAGAAGCAGCGAGAGGAGCAGGCUGAACCUGAUGGGACCGAGGAGGCUGACAAAGCUGCCUACCUGAAGGGACUGAACUCUGCUGACUUGCUUAAAGGCUUGUGCCACCCACGUGUCAAAGUUGGAAAUGAGUAUGUGACAAGAGGACAGACUGUCGAGCAAGUCAACUAUGCCACAGGUGCACUGGCCAAGUCAGUGUAUGAGAAGAUGUUCUUGUGGAUGGUUGUGAGAAUCAACGCCACUCUAGAGACCAAGCAGCCCAGACAGUACUUCAUAGGAGUGCUGGACAUUGCAGGCUUCGAGAUCUUUGAUUUUAACAGCUUUGAGCAGCUCUGCAUUAAUUUCACCAAUGAGAAACUGCAGCAGUUCUUCAAUCACCACAUGUUCGUGCUGGAGCAGGAAGAGUACAAGAAAGAAGGAAUUGAAUGGGUUUUCAUAGACUUUGGGAUGGACUUGCAGGCCUGCAUUGAUCUUAUAGAAAAGCCUAUGGGCAUCAUGUCCAUCCUGGAAGAAGAGUGCAUGUUUCCAAAAGCCAGUGAUACGACCUUCAAGGCCAAAUUAUAUGACAAUCAUCUGGGCAAGUCAGCCAACUUCCAAAAGCCCAGAAACAUCAAGGGGAAGCCUGAGGCUCACUUUGCUCUUGUACACUAUGCUGGCACCGUGGACUAUAACAUCCUUAACUGGCUGACGAAGAACAAGGAUCCCCUGAAUGAGACUGUUGUUGGGCUGUACCAGAAGUCCUCCCUCAAGCUCUUGGCAGUUCUGUUUGCUAACUAUGCUGGUGCUGAUUCAGUUGACCCAGGAACAAAGAAGGGCACAAAGAAGAAGGGUUCAACCUUCCAGACAGUGUCAGCGCUGCAUCGUGAAAACCUGAACAAGCUGAUGACAAACCUUCGCUCCACUCAUCCUCACUUUGUCCGCUGCAUCAUUCCAAACGAAACCAAGGCACCAGGUGUGAUGGAUAACCGUUUGGUGAUGCACCAGCUGCGUUGUAAUGGUGUCCUGGAAGGCAUCAGAAUCUGUAGGAAAGGAUUCCCAAAUCGCAUUCUGUAUGGAGACUUCAGGCAACGGUAUCGAAUUCUAAACCCUGCUGCUAUUCCAGAUGGGCAAUUUAUAGACAGUAGGAAAGGGGCAGAGAAACUCUUGGCUUCACUGGAGAUUGAUCAUACUCAGUACAAAUUUGGGCACACCAAGGUCUUCUUUAAGGCUGGUCUGUUGGGUCAGCUAGAAGAAAUGAGAGAUGAACGUCUUGCCAGAAUCAUCACACGUAUCCAGGCACAGUCCAGAGGUGUCCUAUCCAGAAUUGAAUUUAAAAAGAUGGUGGAGCGCAGAGACGCCCUCCUAGUCAUCCAGUGGAACGUCAGAGCUUUUAUGGGAGUCAAAAAUUGGCCCUGGAUGAAGCUCUACUUCAAGAUCAAACCCCUGCUAAAGAGUGCAGAAACAGAAAAGGAAAUGCAGAACAUGAAAGAGGAGUUCCAGAGACUGAAAGAAGCCCUGGAAAAAUCAGAGGCCCGGCGUAAAGAGCUAGAGGAAAAGAUGGUGUCGCUGCUACAAGAGAAAAACGAUCUGCAGCUUCAAGUCCAGGCUGAACAAGAUAAUCUUGAAGAUGCUGAGGAAAGAUGCGAACAAUUGAUUAAGAACAAGAUCAACCUGGAAGCAAAGUUAAAGGAGCAGACAGAGAGACUAGAGGAUGAGGAGGAGAUGAAUGCAGAACUCACAGCAAAAAAACGGAAGCUGGAGGAUGAGUGUUCUGAGCUAAAGAAGGACAUUGAUGACUUGGAGCUGACACUUGCAAAAGUAGAGAAAGAAAAACAUGCUACUGAAAAUAAGGUCAAAAAUAUGACAGAGGAGAUGGCUGCUCUUGAUGAGAUAAUUGCCAAACUGACCAAAGAGAAAAAAGCUCUUCAGGAGGCUCACCAGCAGGCACUGGAUGACCUACAGGCAGAAGAAGACAAAGUCAAUAGCCUGACCAAAUCCAAAGCCAAGCUUGAACAGCAGGUGGACGACCUGGAAGGAUCUCUGGAGCAGGAGAAAAAAGUAAGAAUGGACUUGGAAAGAGUGAAAAGGAAGCUGGAAGGAGACCUUAAACUGACACAAGAAAGUCUUAUGGAUCUUGAAAAUGACAAACAGCAAUUGGAAGAAAAGCUGAAGAAGAAGGACUUUGAGAUCAGCCAGAUGAACACAAAGAUUGAGGAUGAGCAAAAUGUGGCAUCUCAGCUCCUAAAGAAGCUGAAAGAGUUGCAGGCUCGAAUUGAGGAGUUGGAAGAGGAACUAGAAGCUGAGAGAGCUGCUCGAGCGAAAGUGGAAAAACUUCGCUCUGAUCUGUCUCGGGAACUAGAGGAAAUCAGUGAACGGUUGGAGGAAGCUGGAGGGGCCACCUCAGUGCAGUUGGAGUUAAACAAGAAGAGGGAGAUAGAGUUUCUGAAACUCAGAAGAGACCUUGAGGAGUCCACAUUGCAAUCUGAGGCUACUGCUGCUGCACUAAGGAAGAAGCAUGCAGACUCUGUGGCAGAACUGAGUGAGCAAAUAGACAAUUUGCAGAGGGUUAAACAGAAACUUGAGAAAGAGAAGAGUGAACUCAAACUGGAGCUUGAUGAUGUGGCAUCCAAUAUGGAACAGGUUAUAAAGGGCAAGGCAAACCUGGAAAAGUUGUGCCGAACAUUAGAGGAUCAAGCAAAUGAGUAUCGCACUAAGUCUGAGGAGACACAACGAACGGCCAAUGAUCUCUCCACCCAGCGCGCCAAACUCCAGACUGAAAAUGGUGAAUUGACCCGCCGGCUAGAUGAGAAGGAGGCACUGGUAUCACAACUGACGCGGGGCAAACAAACUUACACCCAACAGCUAGAAGAUUUGAAGAGGCAGCUAGAGGAGGAGUCUAAGGCUAAAAACGCAUUGGCCCACGCUCUUCAAUCAGCCCGCCAUGACUGUGACCUCUUACGGGAGCAGUAUGAAGAGGAGCAGGAGGCUAAGGCAGAGUUACAAAGAAUACUGUCCAAGGCCAAUUCAGAGGUAGCUCAAUGGAGGACCAAGUAUGAGACAGAUGCUAUCCAGAGAACAGAGGAACUGGAGGAGGCCAAGAAAAAGCUAGCACAGAGGCUGCAAGAGGCAGAAGAAGCUGUUGAAGCUGUAAAUGCAAAAUGUUCAUCACUUGAAAAAACAAAACACCGCCUACAAAAUGAGAUUGAGGACUUAAUGGUGGAUCUAGAAAGGUCAAAUGCUGCAGCUGCUGCACUGGACAAAAAGCAAAGGAACUUUGACAAGAUCCUUUCUGAAUGGAAGCAAAAGUUUGAGGAGUCUCAGGCAGAGCUUGAAUCCUCACAGAAAGAGGCCCGUUCUCUCAGCACUGAGCUUUUCAAACUAAAGAAUUCUUAUGAGGAAUCUUUAGAGCAUCUAGAGACCUUCAAGAGAGAGAACAAGAACUUGCAGGAGGAGAUCUCAGACCUGACAGAGCAACUGGGAGAAAGUGGAAAGAGCAUCCAUGAACUGGAAAAGGUCCGCAAACAGCUGGAGCAGGAAAAAAUGGAGCUACAAUCGGCACUGGAGGAGGCAGAGGGCUCACUGGAACAUGAGGAGGGCAAGAUUCUCCGUGUACAGUUGGAGUUGCAGCAAAUAAAAGCUGAAUUUGAACGGAAAUUGUCUGAAAAAGAUGAGGAGUUUGAUCAAGCCAAAAGAAAUAACCAGCGAGCUGUGGAUACCCUUCAGGCAUCACUAGAAGCUGAAACUAGAAGUCGCAAUGAGGCCCUUAGAGUUAAAAAGAAGAUGGAGGGGGAUCUAAAUGAGAUGGAAAUCCAUCUCAGCCAAGCUAACCGUAUAGCAAGUGAAGCACAGAAGCAACUUAAAAACCUGCAAGGAGUCCUAAAGGACACGCAGCUUCAGCUGGAUGAUACUUUGAGAAUCAAUGAGGAUUUGAAAGAGAACACUGCAAUUGUGGAGAGAAGGAACACAUUGCUUCAAGCUGAGCUGGAGGAGCUGCGCUCUAUAUUGGAACAGACAGAGAGAUCACGCAAACUUGCUGAGCAAGAGCUGAUCGAGACCAACGAGAGAGUGCAGCUCCUUCACUCCCAGAACACCAGUCUGAUUAAUCAGAAGAAGAAGAUGGAGAAUGACUUGUCCCAGCUUCAAGGUGAAGUGGAGGAAGCAGUGCAAGAAUGUCGCAACGCAGAGGAGAAGGCCAAGAAAGCCAUCACUGAUGCUGCAAUGAUGGCUGAAGAAUUAAAGAAGGAGCAGGACACAAGUGCCCACCUGGAAAGGAUGAAGAAGAACAUGGAGCAGACCAUCAAAGACCUCCAGCAGCGGCUUGAUGAAGCUGAGCAGAUUGCAAUGAAAGGUGGCAAGAAACAGCUACAGAAGCUGGAGGCUCGAGUCCGAGAACUAGACAAUGAAUUGGAAGCUGAACAGAAGCGAAAUGCUGAGUCCGUCAAGGGCAUGAGAAAGUAUGAGAGGCGCAUUAAGGAGCUCACCUAUCAGACUGAGGAAGACAGAAAGAACCUGAUUCGUCUUCAGGACCUUGUGGACAAGCUUCAACUGAAAGUGAAAGGUUACAAGAGGCAGGCAGAAGAGGCUGAAGAACAGUCCAAUAUGAAUCUUUCUAGAUUCCGUAAAGUUCAACAUGAGCUGGAUGAGGCUGAGGAAAGAGCAGACAUUGCAGAGUCUCAGGUCAACAAAAUGAAAACCAAGAGCCGGGAUAUUGGUGGCAAGAAAACUCUGAAUGAGGAAUAAUCAAGAAACUCGGGUGCUUCUCUUUUUACCCAUGGGUCCAAGACCCUGCAUUCUUUAACUUGUCUCCCUGUGUAGAAUAAAGAGCUCAAACUACA